GGAGGAACUCCAACUGUCAGUGACAAUUUAUUUGCUCUUUAGCCUUUAAUGCUAUGAUAUCUCACCAAAGAAGAUACGGACAGAAACAGUGAUGAGAUCACCCAAUUCAUUCAUAACAAAGACAAGAAAGAACUAUCAAGUUACACCGGUGAGAACUGCCUUCUGGUUAUGGUGCUUUUCUCUUUCCCCAAGAACAGAAUCACAAAAAUUUAGUCAAAGAAGAUUGAAUUAAACCAAGCUGGAACCACCAAAGAAAAUCAUCACAGAAAACCUCUCUGUUCCUGAUGAAAUGGGGUAACAAAAAAAAUGACUGAACGUCCAACACAUGACCUGAUGGCAACAUGGGAGGCAAUGCACCACAUUAGGGAUGCUUUCAAAUAAUCACAGAAUUUAACCAUUAUCUUUCUAAAAUGGAUUUUCUUACAACCUGCUUUUCUCCAAGUAUUACCUGAAUUAAUCUCAAGCACCAAGCAGAAAUCAUCCUGAGAAGUCUGCAAUGUGGAAAUAUGUAAGAAAACUUCAUGUUGAGUCUUAACAGUUGCACGGCACAGCUCUUCCACGCCAUAUAACAUGCUGCAUUAUCUUUUGUCUAUCACUAAUAGUUUUUGUUGUGUUGUCAGUCUCUGCGUAUUUGAUCUGCAGAUAUUCUGUGUUGUAUUUGUCCACCCAACCUUGGGUUACAAACUGUAUAUAUUAUGUGGUCCCUUGUGUUUCUUCUGUGUCCUUAAUCCUGUCAAAGUUCCAACCUGCCAUGGUUCUUCUGUCAGGAUUUAUAUUUACCUGUCCUGUGCCUUUUUCUUCUGUCAUGUUGCGUGUUAAAUCGACGGUUCUGAGGGAGUACACCAGGACAACAAAGGCAUCAAGAAGAAAUCAAAAGUGCCUGGUGUCAUGAUUACACAGUUUAUGGAGGAACUUCCUGAAGGAAAAACAACUCCAGAUUUCACACGGAAACCCAUAGCCCUUACUAUCCAAGAGGGCAAAUUUGCAUACUUUAAAGCCAUUGUGGUGGGAGAUCCAACACCUACUGUAACAUGGAGCAGAGCAAAUGGAGAAAUAAUUUUUCACCCUGAUGUGUGUCAACAAAAAUAUGAUCCGGCAUCAAAUGAACAUACUCUCGAGUUCCCUAAGGUAGCUCCAGAAGAUGCUGACACCUACAAGUGUUAUGCAGCCAAUGAGUAUGGGAGAGCUGUUUGCACCGUUAUUCUGAAUGUUAUCGAGGUGGGAUUCUCUAAGACCAAGGAACUUCAAAAGAUUCAAGGAGAAGAUGCAACGGAGUUCAGAAAAAGACUCAAAACACGUAAUCCUGAUGGAACACGUGAGGAAAAGACGAUGGAUACAAACGAAAAGGUCUGGGAAAUCCUGCUUAGUGCAGAGAAGAAAGAUUACGAGCGAAUCUGUGUAGAGUAUGGCAUCACAGACUUCCGUGGCAUGUUGAAGAAACUUACUGAAAUGAAAAAAGAGCGUGAAGAGGAGAUUGCACAGUUUAUCUCACAUAUCAGGACCCUCAAACCUAUAGAGGUCAAAGAUGAUGACUGUGCAACAAUUGAGUUGGAUAUGGACCUCUUAGAUUCUGGCAGCAAAAUAUUUCUGUACAAGGAUGGUGUCAUGGUGCCAUUCGCAAAGGAAGAGGGAGAAGGAAUGAAGCAUAAUUUAAAACAAGUUGGGAAAAAAUAUGUGUUCACAAUCAAAAAUCUAAGUAAGAAUGAUGCAGGGCUCUACUCUGUGGAUGUUGAGGGAGUCAAUGUAUUUUCCACAGAUUUUAAAGUGCCUGAAGUUGACUUUGCUGUCAAAAUUCAAGAGGUUAAGGCGGAAGAACGAGAGGAUGCUCUCUUUCAGUGUGUGCUCACUGCACCAAUGAAUGAGAUCAAAUGGUAUGGCAAAAGCACUCUGCUGACAAAUAAUGAGAAGCAUGAGAUCAUUGUAUCUGAAGAUAAACUCAUCCAUAAGUUGAUUGUGCGGGACUGCCUGCCUCUGGAUGGUGGCAUUUAUGCUGCUGUGGCAGGAAUCAAGUCUUGCAAUGCCUGGCUUGUGAUUGAGGUGGAGAAAGAUCCAGCCAAAAAGGGCAAAAAGGCAGCACGGAAAACCACCAUUGCUGGAGCCGGCAAUGAUGAAGAACUGCUGAGAAUAGCAAAGGAACAGCAAGAAAGAUAUCAGAAAGAAAUGGAAGAAAAAGCACAACUCGCCAAAAAAGCUCAAGAAGAGAAGGAAUUGGCGGCUGCAGCUGCCCGAGCAAAGCAAAAAACAGAGGCUGAGGCUAAAGCUGCAGCAGAGGCUGAGGCCAAAGCUGCAGCAAAGGCAGCGGCUAAAGCUGCAGCGAAGGCAAAGAGAGCAGCCGCAGGCAAAGAUGGAGUUGUUAGGAAAACUAAGAAAAAAGUAGCUGGUGCUGGGGAAGGAUCUGCUGCCAACGGGGCCAGUGGGGCAACAGGGGGCGUUGUAGGUGUUGGUCCAGGUAGUGCUGCAGGUGGAGCUGCUGCUGGUACUGCAUGCGGAGCUGCUGGUGCUGCAGGUGGAGGAGCAGGAGGUGCUGCAGGUGGGGGUGCAGGAAGUGCUGCAGGUGGAGGAGCAGGAGGUGCUGUAGGUGGGGGUGCAGGAGGUGCUACAGGCGUUGCUGGUGGUGCUGCAGGAGUUGGAGGGAGAGAUGGGAGUGGAGCUGCAGGUGGGGCUGGAGGCAUUGAGGAUGGAGAUGUGGAAGGAGGUUCUGAGGUUGAAAGCGAUGAGGAUUCAUUUGAAGAUUCAGAUGAGGAUAUUGAGGGAGAAAGAGUGGGAGGAAAAGGAAGGGAAGGAGUAAAGGAAGGAGAAGGAGAGAAGGAGGAUGUGGGAGGCGAAGGAGAAGAGGGAGGGGAGCGGAGAAAACGAGUAAGAGCUGGCCCACUGGUUCCUGAUACAGUUGUAGACCCAGGUGUUCACUUUCACGCUGGACUUUCUGACUGCAAAGCCAUUAUUGGAGAAGCAGCAGAGUUAGAGUGUAAAGUAAGCAGUGAAGAGUGUGUAGGAAUCUGGUACAAAGAUGGAGCUGAGAUUCAGUCAUCUGAGAGUUUAACAAUUUCAAAAGAAGGAUGCUUCCACAGGCUUAAAAUCCUCAAAGUCACAGAGGAAAAUGCUGGAAAAUAUAAAUUUGAAGCCGAUGGCCGAAAAACCGAGGCUGAAAUUGCUGUUGAAGAUCCCCCUCGAUUUGAUAAAGAGGAGCUAGAAGCUUUUAUAGCUCCUGUGACAGUAAAGAAGGGACACAAAGCUACUUAUAAAUUGUCUUACAUUGGCCGGGAGCCAAUAAAAGUCCAAUGGUACCUUGAGGGUGAAGAACUUUCAAGUGAAGGCAAUAUAAAUAUUGAGACUUCAGAUGGAACCAGUCGUUUGCUGCUGAUGAAGCUGCAGCGCAAAGACAGUGGCGAAAUCAAGAUAAAACUGAAAAAUGUGUUUGGGACAAUAGAGGCCAUAAGUCAGCUAAAUGUACUUGAUAAACCUACAUCUCCAAUGGGACCUCUGGAGAUUGUUGAAGCCUCCUCCUCUGUAAUUGAUUUCAAGUGGAGACCCCCGAAGGACAGUGGUGGAUGCAAGAUACAAAACUACAUCCUUGAACGACAACAAGUUGGACGGAACACCUGGAAGAAGGUCGGACCAAUUGGUCCUGAGGCCAAGUAUAGAGACUCUGACGUGGAUCAUGGAAGGAGAUACUGCUAUCGUAUCAGAGUGGAGACUGAAAUAGGAACCAGUGAAAUGAUGGAAACUGAGGAUAUUCAGGCUGGAACAAAAGCAUAUCCUGCACCUCCAUCAGCACCAAAGGUUGCCAGUGCCUUUAAGGACUGCAUCAACCUCACAUGGUCCCCUCCUGCUGACACUGGAGGAACCAGCAUUCUGGGAUACAACCUGGAAAAACGCAAGAAGGGCAGCAACCUCUGGGGCCAAGUUAAUCCCCCAAAUCAGAUUAUUAAAGGUAAAGGAUUUGCUGUAAAAGAUGUGGUUGAGGGCAUGGAGUACGAGUUCCGUGUGUCUGCAGUCAAUGACUCUGGAGCUGGCGAAUUCAGCACUCCAUCCGAGUUUGUUUUUGCCAGAGACCCUAAAAAACCUCCUGGUAAAGUGCUUGAUUUGAAAGUGACAGAUUCCACCUACACAAACCUGUCCCUGUCUUGGAACAAGCCCAAAGACAUUAAGGGAGAGGAGGAUGAAGCAAAGGGAUAUUUUGUGGAAAUCAGGCCUGCAGAAAACACAGACUGGGAUCGAUGUAAUUCUAAUGCAAUAACCAUGACUACAUAUACGGUAAAGGGCAUGAAGUCAAUGGCCAUGUACUGGGUGAGAGUUAUUGCUACUAAUGAUGGAGGUGAGGGAGUGCCUCAGGAACUGGACAAUUACAUUCUCGCUAUGCCCCCUCCUGUGAGACCACGAUUCACAGAUGCCAAAAUCAAGAGUUUCAUGAUUGUGAGAGCAGGAAAUUCUGCAAGAUUCACCAUUAACUUUCAGGCUUCACCAUGGCCAGAGGUAACCUGGCUAAAGGAUGGCGUGCCAGUGUCUAAAAAGGUCACCAUCAGCAAUGCUGAGGGUACAUCCCAGCUUUUGAUUCCUUCAGCAGAACGUUCAGAUACCGGCAUCUAUACUAUCAUUGUCAAAAACAUUGUAGGACAGGAAACAUUUAGCAUUGAAAUUAGAGUCACAGAUGAGCCGAAGCCACCAGGUCCUGUGGAUCUCGAUGAAAACGUUCCUGGCACAGUAACCAUUUCAUGGGCUGCGUCUCCAGAUGAGAAGCGGGAUGACAGGCUGCACUACAUGGUGACAAAGAGAGAUUCAGUUAAGAGAACUUGGAACACCAUUGCAGAUCGAAUCUUCAACAACAAAUUUACGGCCUGCAACAUCAUGCCGGGUCGAGAAUACCAAUUUAGAGUUUAUGCCAAGAAUGACAUGGGCUCCUCUAAACCAUCCGAAUCUGCAAAGUGGCUCAUUCCUGCCAAAAAAGAAAAAUUCACUGUGAAGAUGCCAGAGUCCAAAGCCUGUGACCUGCAAUGUCCUCCUAAAUUCCUUGUCCCACUGAAAAUGCACACUGCUCCACAAGGCUAUGAAUGCUACAUGAGCUGUGCCGUAAAAGGAGAUCCAACACCUCAUGUGACAUGGCUCCGCAACAACAUCAGUCUGAAUACCAACACCAACUACUUCAUCUCCAACACCUGUGGGGUCUGCUCUAUGCUAAUAUUAAGGGUGGGAACCAAGGAUACAGGGGAAUACAAAAUUGUUGCAGAAAAUGCUUUAGGAAGAGCAGAGAGUUCAACUAAACUCACAGUCAGAGAAUAAAGGGAUCUACAGACGAUGCCACAUAAGCCACACAGUUGGAAAUUGACAUGCGUUUUACAAACAAGCAAAUCCCAGACAUGUGUAAAAUGUACAUUCAGUGUCACAAAUGAAGCCUUUUCUCGAAAAGUCGAUCGGCAAAAUAUUAAUGUGAAAAGUAUAAAAAAAAACUAGGUUGCCACCAGAGGUCGCGCUAGUCUUUUUUUGUUUUCUGUCAUUUUGACCGACAGCAUUGGAAAAAAAAAAAAAAAAAAAGCGGUCAUGUGCUAUUUUUACCCGUCAAAUUAUAAUUAUAUUAACAUAGGCUAUUUAGUUAAUAUUCACUUAGUUGAACUGUGAAUCCAGAUCCUAUCGCACAUAAAGCAGAUGAAAGCAUCUAACUUUUUCUCCGUAGUGACAAAAACCACUGACUGUGGCCCCGAUAACUUAGAAUACUUUGAAUUAAAUGACUCCAUUUAAAUUACAAGCACUUAACCUCCUGGGGACUGAACGCACAGCACCUCACAAAUUCCUCUUGGUCACAUCUGCAGAGAAACUUGCACUAGUUCAUCAGUCGGUUAGAUCUGUUGGAUCCAAACCUAUCAAUUGAACUCUUAACUUUUUACCCUGUGUGCCGUCCGGUGUGCACUUUUACGAGGAUUUUGUAGUGUGGUUUUGCUUCCCCGGAACUGCUGCGCUCAUCCUGAGCGCCCCUCUCUUUCUGGGUACGGUAACAUCUUCUUUAUCUAUAGGGUAAUGUUGAAAAUGCAAUGUGAGUUAAGUUAAAUUCUUUGCAGCGGCGGAACCGCGUUCACAUUGGUUGGGCAGCGGAUUGCGCAUUUUACGGUCUAAUUAAUUUCAGCACCUUUAUUUAUUUCUUUAAGAUAAACUGCCAGCUCCUCUGUUUAGCAGGGGUGGGCAACUCCAGGCCUUGAGGGCCGGUCUCCUGCAACUUUUAGAUGCAUGUCUACUUCAAAACACCCAAGUCAAAUAAUGAGGUCAUUAGCAGGACUCUGGAUAACCUGACUGCACUAAGGAGGUGAUUCAGCUAUUGGAUGAACGACGGGCUUCAACUUUUCCUGUCCUUUAAGAAAACGACUGGUCAAAUACGGAAAAUAUUCCUUUAACGAGAUCUCUGGUUGCCACAUAUUCUUUACAGAUCUAGUAUUAUUUAUUUAACCUGUUUUAUUUUGUUAAACUUGAAGGCUGAAUAUACAAAAUACAAAUUAUAUAUUACACUUAACUUUUUGCCACUUGAGUACCUGAAAGGAUUCAUUGAUUUGAUUCUACUGUGAAUGGCUGAAUUAAUGAUUUUAACAUGAAGGUGAUAUCAUUUUCUGCCAUUUCCCAUUAGGCUGUUCUGCAACAUGGUUGCCAUCAUCUUAUUCUCCUGCAGACUUUGUUUUUGUUGCCCGUUUUCUGUUGUGAGCUUACCCUAGAAUUAUGUCAAUUGUUAUAAAAUAUGGUGCAAAGGCAAAGCAACAGAAAAACAAAAAAAAUGGAUUGAUAACUAAAAAGUUUGUUUCGCGGAGUUUUGCUUUUGCUAUAAUCUAGUCAUACAAGAUAGGUUCUGAGCAAACACAUCAGGCUCCUCAGGGCUUUAUAGGAUUUUGAGUCCCUUACUCCUAAACAUCAGCAUUUCACAGUAGGAGAAAAUGAGCCCUCUUGGGAGUAGUGAAAUCAGGAGCUGUUUUAGAACUUCAAUUAAACAUUACUAUUAGAUAGCACUAGAUGUUAAUAGGUCAUUGUGAAAAUGUUCAUGUUUGUGCAUG